CGCAUCCUAGCUACUCGGCCAUGGAGUGUCAACUGAAGAUGGUCUGUCCUAGACCCGAUGUGCUGGAUUUGAACAACAGCAAACAUGAUGCAGGCGGUGGUGUGGGCGACACAUAUUGUGAAGAUUCUGCCACUGAGGAUCAAACGUUUAUCCCAUGGAAUCAGUUGGUUGCCAGUGGGGUCGACCUCCUGAGAGAUCCACGCUAUAACAAAGGAACCGCAUUUUCAGAAGGGGAGCGAGACAGGCAUUACUUGAGGGGUCUCCUCCCCCCUGUCGUAUUGACACAGGAGCGCCAGAUCGAACGCAUUCUGCAAAACGUGCGGUCGUACGAGAAUAAUCUCGAGAAGUACGUGGAUGUGAUGGACCUGCAGGUUCUUGUUGUUCUACUGAACCACGGAUGCAGCUAAACUUUCCUUCGAUUUGUUCGCAUCUCUCAAACAGAGUUUUAGUUGUUUCAGUCUUAGUCCUUGAACGUUCGGCUCCGCCGAGUUCCUCAAGAUAUCCCGGACGCGUCCUCUACAGCAGAAAGUCAAUACGUCAGGCACAACGAAAGGAAUUCUCCAGCACAAGUGUAAUCCAGAACCAAGCUUGACGGAGAGUAUAUUUAUGAUAUGUUGUUGAUGAUUUCUAUGUUGGAGACUAUUGAUAAUUUCUAUGUUGCUACAAAGGAGGAUAGGACAGUUCAACAUUAGCUAAACUAAUCACAUCAAUGACUAAGUUGAUAAAUUCUUUCAUUAGAGAUGAUGCUGUUACAACUGCAGAGAAACAUGAGGUUAUGGUGGUCUGGUAAUUUAAUUAAUUAAUUUCCUUAAUUGAGGACGAUAUUGUUGUUGUUGCAGAGAAAGAAGAGAAUAGAGGGGGGCAGCUAAGAAGCAAUUUGUUUAAUUGGAGGACUUGUAUUCAUGGUUGGAUGAUUAAUUUAGAAUGGUUUAUCUAA